AUGAAUUUAAGACUGAAAAACUCUAGCUAUUUGGCUGGUAACAAUGAUAUCACAAGAUUAAGAAGAGCAAGACUUAUUUAGCCAAAUUAACCUGAAUCAAAGUCAUUAGCUAAUGUUAAAAUGAAUUUAUCUCCAGAACUUAAACCAAAAAAAUAAAAGACAAUUCAUCAUGAUAUUGCUUAUGAUGAAAACUUAAUGAAUUAAAAACAAAAUGAAAAAAACAAAUUUUGUAAAGCAAAAUUGUAAGAGUUAUUAAGUCUAAGAAAAAGUAUAACAUAAUUAAAUAAUAUAGGUAGCCUAACUCCAUUAUUAAAAUAACAAAUUAAUCGAUAGUAAGCAAUCAUUAAAUAUUAACCUGAAUUUUAAUAAGAUCAAGAUCUAUAUAUUAGAAUUAGAAGAUAAAGCAUUGAAAAUCUUUAAACUCAAGAAAAAUAAAAGCAUUUUAUAUUGAAAUCUUCUUAGGAAUGCACUCAAAAAAAAAGGUUGUAGAAUAAUAAUCUUAAAUCAACUAAUUAUUUUAAUGGUGCUCCAAUCUUAAAUAAAAGUGUUUCAUAAUUUAACUGUCUUACACCAAAAAAAAAUGAUAUAACUUCCUAAAAUUAUUAAUAAAAAGAAAGUGUUAAAAGGUAAAAGUUAGAAAGUUUAAUCAAUUUAUUAAUCAAUAUCAAUAUUGAAAAUAUAGUUAUAGGUUUUAGUUCAAUCAAAAAGUAAGCACCAAUGUUACCAUUCAUUAAGGAACUUGAAAGAAGAAAAGAAGAUUUUUAGUAAAAAAGGUUUUUUAUUUAAUUAGUUAAAGCUUAGUGA